AUGGGCCUUCAUCUGCUGUGGCUGUCCAGCACCCAGGGAUGUUUCAAGGCACAGUCCCCCAACAAGCAUCAACAGAGACCCCAGUGCCCUUGGGAGCCUAAGCGACCCAAUGAGAUACCUCCUAAAGCUGUGAAAGGGUAUACUGAAAACAUGGAAGCUAUGCUUGGAUCUUCCCAUUCAGCCACUGUGGAGCCAAAUGAAAAAUAUGAGGAAGAAAAUGAGCAACAGCAGCAAGAGACGGGGAUAUACCUAGACCCAGGAAUCCUGCACUACACGGACAAGCUGUGUUCGCAGGAAGAAUUUAUUACAAAGGUGGAAACAGUUAUUUAUCCACAAUUCCUGGAAAUAUUACUAUCACCAGAAUCACAGGUAGAUCCCAUGUCCUUAAGGCAGGAGCUGGAGCAAGAGGAAGGACUCACUCCCACCCAGCUGGUAGACAAGCAACUUCUGGAAUUGAAAGGAAAAGUGGGUGUGGAGGCACACCCAACUUAAAGUGAACAACCCACGGAGUCACUUUGUACAGAGUCUGAGAUCAGUGAAGGCACAGGGAGCACAGAUAUCCAUGGCCUCCAACUA